AACUCCAUUCUUGGUUAAUGAAACACAGGAAGAAGGGGGGAAGGAAGACAUGGCUGCUCUAAUCAAUUGCUGCCUCAACAUCUCCCCUCCUCUUCCUCCUUCUUCUUCUUCUUCACCAUUAAAAGUUAAUCAAAUUCCAAGAAGCUUUUGUAGGCAAAGGAAAGCAGGGAAGGAGGAAAGUGGGUCAUGGAGAAACCAAGUUGUUGUGGGUGUGGCUUGUAUGAUCAUUGGCUUUGAGAUGGUACCAAUAGUGAUGAACAAUUCUGAUACUUGUACCUUUGCUGAGGAAUUACAGUUCAUUAAUAAUGGAAAAGGAAAUGAGAAAUGGAGUGAGAAGAGGAUGUGCCCACCAUGGAGGAUGAAUUCUUUGGAGACAAUAGUCCCUGAGAACCUACCCAGACCUUCAGCUCACCGUAAAUUCGAGGCCAUCAGUAACCUUUCUUCUUCUUCAUCUUCCACGGCUCCGUCGACAUGGAGUCGGGUCACUGUUAAAGCUGUUAGAUCCAAUUGCUUCUCUAUGUGAUUGAAGCUUAUACAUAUAAUUCUGUAUAUCAAGACACAACUGUUACAUGUAUUGAAAAGAAAUGUAAAAUAAUUAACUUCUCUUUUGUUUCUUCUUUUCUCUGGUUAUUAGGAAUGGGUAUAUAUGUAUAUGGAGUUGAUUGAUGGAAAGUUUGAAAGGAUGGUUUGGUAAUCGUUUUGCUAGUAA